AUGCGGAAGUUAAGCCUUCAAUUGCUGCUCGCGGCACAGCCUUCCUGCUACGACCUCUGCGGCGGCUCAGGCGUCUGCCCGGGCUUUUGCGGAGCCGGCCACUCGUGCUGCCGCACUUACUUCCCCGCAGCGGGCUGCCCCGAGGUCUCUUGCAACGGCUACCACUGCUGUGUGCCUGAGGCCGCCAGCCCGGACCCGCCUCCGUCGCCUCCGCGCUCGCCUUCGCCGCUUGGCCCUCCGCCGCCCAUCUCGCCGUUCACGUGCGGCUGCCAGUGGACAAAGAAGUGGCACUGCCCCGGCGAGAAGUCUUCCGGGCCGGUCGCUUCGCCGCGCGGAUGGGAGGACCCGUGCUACGCCUUUUGCUGCAACCGGCCGCCGCCACCGAGCCCUCCGCCGCUGCCUCCCGCCCCACGCGACUGCUGGGCGGGCUGCGGCAGCGUGGCCGGCCCUUGCCACGGCUUUUGCGGCGGCGGGAUGGCGUGCUGCCGGCCGGGCUUCCCCGCCCUCGGCUGCCCCGGGGCAGAGAGCCUCUCGGGGCCGUGCGACGGCUGGUGCGGCCAGGGGCACGCCUGCUGCCGGACUGGCGUCUUCACCCUCGGCUGCCCGGCGACGGCGUGCGACGGCUACCACUGCUGCGUGCCAGCGUACGGCGAGGGUGACGGCCGCGUCAACGUGUUCGGCAUACAGUGCGGCCACGCGCACGUCGCCUCGUACAGCCUGCACCCGACCUCGUCGCCAAACUCGUCCGCCGCCGUCGAGCUGCGCGCCGAGGUGACGGGCGUGAUGGUCGAGUGCGUGUGCGAGUGGACGGCGGAGUACUACUACCCCGGCACCGAGAACCUCCUCGCGUACGAGUCGGGGACGGUCCAAGUCUCGUCCACCGGCGCGGGCCUCAGCGCCACGCUCGGCUUUGGCGGCGAGAACAGCACCGGCGACGGCCUCUGGGGACUCGACGUGGUUCCCGUGCUCGAAGAGUGCUCCGGCGCGUUCCCGAUCUCGCUCGACAAGUUCACGACGCGCAGCACCAACGUGGUCGCCGGCGUCGCCAGCUUUGCGUUUGGCGGCGACGCCCUCGCCGACGGCAUCGUCGGCCGCCUCACGCUGGCGAUGGACGAGGGCUUCUGCGCGUACUUGAUGCCAAAGGUCUACGCGACGACCGCCGAGGAGGUCGGGCCGCUCCUCGGGCAGCUCAACGGCCUCCUCGGCUCGACCGCCCAAGGCACCGUCGACAGUGUCUUCGGCAGCACCAACGCUGGCGUGCACAGCGCUGCGGCGGCGACGGGCUCCUACCUGUCCAAGAACGACACGGCCCUCGCCUCGGGCGUGGACGCGGCGCACGACCUCCUCGCGGCGCAGGCCGAGCAGCACGAGGCGGAGCUCGCCGCGGCGCAGCAGAUGCUCGCCCAGCAGGCAAAGGCGCACGAGGACGAGAUCGCCGCCGCCGCCUCGUGCGGGUUUUGCGGCAGCGGGCACGCCUGCUGCCGCACCGACAGCCCCUGGACAGCAGGCUGCCCGGCGCAGUCGUGCGUCGGCUACCACUGCUGCGUGGACGCGCACUGCGGCGUCGGGCGGGCGUGCUGCAAGACUGGGUGGCACGCGCUCGGCUGUCCUGACGCCAUCACGCCCGCUUGCGAGGGCUACCACUGCUGCGUCGACGCCGGGCCGUGCGACGGCUGGUGCGGCCAGGGGCACGCCUGCUGCCGGACUGGCGUCUUCACCCUCGGCUGCCCGGCGACGGCGUGCGACGGCUACCACUGCUGCGUGCCAGCGCUCUGGGCGGCGGGACUCCAGUGCGCCGACACGCUCGACCUCUGCGGCCAGGCCUGCUCCGCGUGCUGCCGCUCGGCCGACGACCCAGCCAGCCUCGCGCCGAUGCAGCGCGCCGCUCAGCGCCUCGUUGCGGAGGGCGACGCUGCGGCGCGCGAGCCGCAGGGCCUCAUCGGCGCACGGGCCCUGCUGCUCGGCGCGGCCGCGGCGGCUGUCUUGAGCGCUGCGGUGUUGCGGCGCCGCGCCGCCAACGCACGGGCCGCACCUUCCCCGGAUCUGCCGACGCGCCGUCGGCGUCGCGAGGUCCGGCACCCCCUUUUCUGAGGGGUUGGCCCUACGCGCUGUCCCUGUCCAAGUAUGAAGAGAGCGGUAGCAGUUGACUCUGACUCUUGCUGCUGCACUUGAGGCUUGGGCGUGGGGAGAUCACCGGCGUCGAGGGGGGAACCAAUCGGUGCGGACCGCGGUGGUCGUCCGCCAUUACUUUUUAUGCAUAUA